GCAUGAUUAGACUUACCGAGGAACAAGAACAGUUCGUUGCUGAACUCUCACCCGACAUGGUGGAAAAAUUCAAGAGUGCCUUCAGCAAUGUUACAGCAAGAUCUCACUGCACCGACAAGCGUGCAGGGAUGGACUUGGAAGCAUCUCAAGAACUUCCAGUGAUCAUGAUGCUUCUCGAAGUAACAGCCAAUACAGGUCAGAAGAUUGGAACACUGAUUGACUUGGCUUCUGACACAAAUUAUAUCACUCAUCAGGCUGCCAAAAGACUCAACCUUAGGAGUGAAAAAGUCACACUCAUUGUCCAUGGGGUUGGAGGAAUGGCCCUCAAGAUGAAAACUAAAAGAUACCUUCUCAGAGUGAGGGUGAAGACACCCACAGGUACUGUGAGAAUCCAUGAACUUCUGUGCUAUGGUUUGGAUGAAAUCGCCAAAGUCAACAGGCCAAUCCAACCGGAGCAAUUGAAAAAAUUCUUCCCAGACACCAGCCUGAGAGACCUGCACAGACCACAACACAUUGAAUUGCUGAUCAGUCAUCGGGAGGGAAGACUCGCUCCACAGAGAGUGAAGGUGAUCGAGGACCUUGUCCUAUGGGAAAGCCCUUUGGGAAAGACAGUUGCUGGAGCACAUCCCGAUCUGUUUGAAGAAGUGGACAUCACUACCCACUCAUGUAAAACUCACUUUGCCCAUUCAAUGAGAACCAGUGCAGUGAAACACAACAAGUACACUGAGGUCCGAUUAGGCCAAAGUGGGAGGUGGGAACAUGCGCCAUCUGGUGGAGCAAGUCCAGUAAGGGUCACAAUCGAAAAAGACCAUGAUGCACUGCAACGAAGAACAAAAGGAAAACAAAGGAAAACCCCUUCCCAAAGACCACCAGUUGAUACAACAAUGAAAGACUUAAGAUUGGCAAAGGACUCUGCACAAGCUCCAAGUAAGCCAAAGUGGGAGGGAAUGCUAUCGGCAAAGAAGCAAGCACGGAAAACCCACAACUUGUGUGACCUCUCUGGGUUUAAGCACCGAGAGGUCAAGUGGGAGGUGAUUCGUCGACAGAGAGAAAAGUACAGAAACAUUCAUGCUCAGACCAUCCACCUAUCUUCAUCCCGACCUGCGGGGGGCAGACAAACAAUCAGUGCGCAGUCACAGCCAGCAGAGUUUGCUACUUCCUGUCAGGUAACAGGAAGUCGGCCAUAUUACUUUCAGACCAACCUGUGCCCCAGAAGACAAGGAAAGGAAAUGUUUGUUGCUACAACCAAGCAAACACUUGAACAAAGAAACCAACUAAAAACUCAAAGAAAUCCUCAGUUCAACGAUCAUACGCAACUGGUUUUCAACCUGUUAACCCCUUCAUCAUCAACAUUUGAACUUCAAUAAAAAACAAAAAAGGGGAAA